CGGUGGUGGAUGCUGUUCAAGUGAAGCUUUGAUCGCAGCAAGGUUCUGAAAGUGAAUCAUACCUAUUGCAGGGCAGGGUGACAUCAAUGUGGGGAAUAGCAGGAUAACGGACAAGGAAACUACUUGUGCGGACAGCAGCUGAGCAAGUCCCUGCAUCCCGAACGUUAAGCUGGGGGAACUGCAGCUAAAUCAGUUUAACUGUGGAAAGCAGAGCAGAAGGGAAAUAUCGGCAGCGGCGAAAUGGCAGGGCAGGGAAAUGAAGACUUUGAUGUGGACAAUGUGUCGGACACCGCCCGCAUGCUCAACCAUGUCCACCCGCCACCCUACAGCAUCGAUGACCAGCCCUGGCCUCUUGAGGCACGCAGCAUGUGUGAGUGCUGGGGAUGGGCACUGCUGGUCACUGCCUUUAACUUUGCACUGUUCCUCCUGAACCUCGCCCUCAUGGGAACGGUGUUUUGCAUCGUGCUGCUGCCCACUAUCGUGGUGGUGUACUUUGGCUUUCAGUGCCACUCCAGGGUUAUACAUUCGGAUGCAUACUACUGUAAAACUGUCCUGGAUGAUAACAGCUCCUCUGCCCUCAUCAUUCUUGGCUUUGUCCUUAUGUCUCCACUUAUUGUGAUUGCCAUGGUGACCUACUGCGGUGUGGCACGUCGUCUGCGCCUCUUCUUCUGCUUUGCUCCCUACUCCCGAGCAGUCUACAAGGGGAUGAAGUGGACUGGGUAUGACAACCCCAGCUUCUGCUGCUGCAGUGGAAAGGAGUGGGACAGCAGUUUGAAGGCUUGGGUCUGAUAGUGUUUUAAAUGAAUGUAUCACGGGCUGCAACUGCUUUCUAUAAUAGUCUUGUGUUCUGUCCUCUGUCACUUGCAUUGUGAAGUAAUUUACAGUAACAUUUUAAUAUAUAAACUCAAAAGUUAUUGCUAGAAAUCUGCACCAGGACUCUUUUUUAAAGGAAGAGACAGAUUAAUAUUUUGGGGGGAUUCUUUUCUUAAUUCUAGUGUAUGAAAUAGGAAUAUAUUUACUCCAACCUCCUUGAAUGAGAUUAGUAACUUUAUGCAUUUUUAAUUAUCUUUGCUGCUUUGCCGUUCUCUAUUCUAUUGGAUGGGUUGCACGUCCAUUUGCCUUUAUCUGUAAUAACAGUAAUAAAGUAAUGAAACCUUCCCAA